AUGUCGUUUUUGUGUGACUUCGUUUCGAGUCUAUCAGUAUGUUGGAUCUCCGUGGUUUCAGUCCGUGCUGACGUGGCAUCGUGCAAUCGCAGGUGGUACGGCGUGAAGGUGCAAUGCGUGUGGGACAGCUCCGGGCGAUUGGCGUCCCCGUCACGCGUUCUGCAGUACGCAUUCCCAGAGACUCACAAGGGCGAGGCGCUGACGUCAUGGCGGGUGGACGACAGCGACAGCAGCUACCACUCGCGCUACUUCCGCAUCCGCUUCGCCCGCCAGGACGUGGGGCUAAGAGAGGUCGCGUGCUUCCACCUGCCCGUGCGCCAGAAGGUGUGUGCGAGUGCUGCAGUGUGGUGGGCAAAGAGCAUGGCACGCACACGCCAGGAUGUGGGGCUUCGGGAGGUCGCCUGCUUCGACCUGCUGUGCGCCAAAAGACCAUUCGACAACCCUCUAUCGCUGCCCUUUGAGCUCCUCUCCUCCACAUGCCCUUCACAGCGGGCCGGGGGAACGUGCCUCCUGAUGACCUGGACGCAACUCAGAUGUGUGCAACAUGUCUCUCAUGUGUGCAACAUGUCUCUCAUGUGUGCAACAUGUCUCUCAUGGUCUGCGUCUCUUCUCCCGCGGCCCCGCCUGCAUGCACUUGUGUGUGCUUGCAUCUCUGCGCCCUUCUCGUCCCCUUCCCCUGUCCCCCAGAGGCCAUUCGACGAGCCCGUAUCGCUGCGUUUCGAGCUCCUCCACGCGCCCUUCACAGCGGGCCGUGGCAACGUCCCACCCGACGACCUAGACCCUGUAGCGCGGCAGAUAGUGCGCAUUCCGGGCGGCAUGUGGCACCACGUGCACGAGUACACGCCCGUCACAUUCGACACCAUGCACUUCGCACAGCUGGACGUCACUGUUCAUGCCGCCAUGCUGCAUUUCUCCAACCCGCCUCUGCACUCCGCACAUCGACCCAGGGUUGUGCGUCCAGUGAGACCCCCUCCCGCCACACUCCCUCCACCGGCGGAUCUGCCUCCAAUCACCUUCUACACCACUGACAACUCCUCACAACCGCUCCCCCAGCAGCCCACCACUGCCGUUACGUCCCAAGAUGACAGCGCCCCUGCCAUUACAUCCCAGGCUGCCGGCACCACUGCUGUGACUGCUGCUGAUGCUCAUGCUCCCAGGGCUGGUGGUGGUGAGGACUUGGCUGGUGUAGGCAGUGCAGACGAGGGUGCAGCUGCAGGCCACGCUGCUGCAGCUGCAGGUGCAGGGGCAGAUGCAGUAACUGCAGCAGCAGGAGGAGCUGGUAUAUCAGCAGGGGCAGCAGCAGGGGCAGGUGCAUCAGGGGCAGGUGCAGCAGGGGGAGGUGCAUCAGUGGCAGGUGCAUCAGGGGAAGGAGCUGCAGGGGCAGACACAGGAGGCCAUGCGGAGGGCAGGGAGGAGUUCUAUGAGGCGGAGGGUAGCUUUGUUGUGGCGCAGGGGGAGCAGAGUGACGUGGUGGGUAAGGAUGUUGCAGACAAGUCAUUUCUAGAUGAGAUGCUUGAGAGCACUCCCACCAGAGGUGGGGAGGCUGCUGCUGGUGUGGCCAGAGGGGGAACUGGAAUCACAGGUGGUGCGGCCAAUGGGAAGGAUGGAGAGGCGCCUGGGGCGGGCAGGGGAAGGAGCGGAGAGGGUUCUGGAGCAGGGGAGCGGGAGAAGAAUGGCAAGGCGAAGCUCGCGGAGCCCUCCACAACAACCAUAGCGUGUCUGCUGCUCGAGUCCUCUCUCCGAUUAGUGCUCGCGGAGCCCUCAGCAGCGACAAUGGUGUGUCUGCUGCUGGAGUCCUGUCUCCGUUCACUCACUCUACUCCCUCUCUUCCCUUCACACACCACUCCUUCCUCCCCUGCAGCUCGCGGAGCCCUCAUCAGCGACAAUGAGCCCGCAACAGCGACCAUGGCGUGUCUGCUGCUCGAGUCCUCUCUCCUCCUGCGCUCGCUCAACGCUGCGCUCGCUGCCACAUACAACCUGCACCACCUGCUGCCUCCCCCAGACGCCAUGGCUGAGCAGUCGCUCUGCUCUCCGGUGCUCGCCAGUGCACUGCGCAAGCUGAUGGGUCAGUCCGACAGAGCAGAUGCUGACAGGCCAGAUGCUGACAGGGAACGUGCUGCCGUGGCAGAUGCUGACGGGGCAGAUGCUGACAGGGCAAAUGCUGACGGGGCAGAUGCUGACAGGGCAAAUGCUGACGGGGCAGAUGCUGACAGGGCAAAUGCUGACGGGGCAGAUGCUGACAGGGCAAGGGCGAAAUCCGGUGGAGUGGAGACGAGCAGAAGUGAGGGGCCAGGUCCAGCAACAGAGAGAGGGGCGAGCGGGAGUGGAGAGGAUGCAGCGAGUAGUGAAGGGGGUGGUAAUGACUGUAACGGAGGUGACAAUGGAUUGAAGGGGAGAGCACAGGAGUGGGAGGGAGAAGGUGUGGCUGUGGGGGGUGAUGGGGGAGGGGAGCAGAGUAGUGGUGGGUCGGGCACGGUAAAGAGCGGUGAUGAUGGUGGGGGUGAUGGGGUUACCGAUGCUGGGGGUGGAAGCAGGGAGGAAAGUGGGAAGGCGGAGUUGAGUGCAGAGGAUGGGACGGGCAGUCAGUUAGGGAAGAGGGAUACCACCACCACCACUGGAGUGACUGUGACUGAUGGGAGUGUGAGUUUAACGGAGGAGGAAGUGGAAGCAGUGAAGGUUGCUGCAAAGGGUCUCGUGACUGCGUACUGGACGUCCUUCUUCAGCAUGCACAAGCUGUGCCACGUGGAGCUGUGUGCGGUGCUGCGGCAGCAGUGGGUGGCAAACCAAACACGAGAAGCAGCGCCGUGGGUGUAUGCGUCUUCCUCGCCCAUGCAGACAGAGCAGCUCUUUGGCCUCGACCGCUGGCCCGAUGUCACCACAGCCAGGCAAUUCAUGCCGCCAGACAAGCAGAGCGAUCAUCCACCCACCCACCUCUCUCGUCUCACACCUUCUCAGCUGCCGCUCCUCUCAGCAGCCUUGGCUCCCCAGCUCGCGCUCCUCUCAGCAGCCUUGGCCCGCCAGGUGCGGGCGGCCAUGGCUGCAGUGCCCUCCUCCGUGCUCGCCCUGCCAACCCACCGCUGCCAUAACUGCAUCCCCAAUCCCGCCUCCUCCCUCCGCCACACCUCUCUCCCCCCACACCCCUCUCAGUUGGCGCUCCUCUCAGCAGCCUUGGCCCGCCAGUGCACACUGCCCUCGCACGCUGCUCUGCCUCACCUGACCUACCUGCACCUUCACUCGUCCCAAUUGACCCUGCCAUUCGCAUGGCUUCUCUUUGCUCCCAAGACAUUCCAUCCUUUGAACCCCAACCUUAUGCCGUGCUCCCCUGCAGACGACAGCAUGCAGCCCUACCUGCCCUACCUGCACCUCUACCUCUCCUUCUGUGGGCCCCACCUGGGCUACUUGUACCACUCCAACUCCCUCGUCACGGGGGCCUGGGGUGGGGGAGGGGGUGUGCCUGCCACACUCCACAUAUCCAUGCCACUGGCCCCUUCAAUCAACUCCCUGCCCAAGGGCCUUCAUUUUGUGCCUUUUUUUACAUAUCUUCUAUCCCGUGACUCCCUCUCUCCUGCCCUGCUCCCCACUGCAGACGACAGCAUGCGGCCGUACCUGCCCUAUCUGCACCUCUACCUGUCCUUCUGUGGCCCCCACCUGGGCUACAUGUACCACUCCAACUCCCUCGUCACGGGCGGCAUGUGGCUGCUCAAGCGCCUCGACCCCUCCUCCCUCAUGCGCCAGCUGUCCUUCUCCGAUUCGCUCAACGUCCGCGACUCCUGCAUCUACCGCCUCUCUCAGGUCGCGCCAGGAGUGGGUCCACUUCAAGCACAUCGUUCUCUUUGCCUCGCCCCAGGUGCAUCCCUCCCUCCCCUCUCAUCAACUCAUGCCGCCCUGCAAACCAUCAGUUAUCUUCCUGACUUAUGCCACGCCAGCUUGCACUUUAUCCAUACACUCCAUGUCACUCGUUCAAUCGCCUCUCCCUCCCCAAUUAUGUGCCCGCCUGUCGAGCCACCUCAGGACGAGUAUGUGCCAUAUCAUUCCGCCCGUCUGGAGGUCUUUGGUGCGGUGCUGAGGGAUGCUCGUCUCGGUGGCGUGUACACAUCAAUGGUUGAAGGCUGCCUUGCGCCAUUCCUCUCCCAUCCUUCGUGGACGUCUGGAGAUCGAUCAUUCAUUCGCUGUGACGUCAACUUUGAGUUGCCGCAACAGCAACGUAAUUUGAACCGCCUGCUGGGAAGAGCGGCUCACAUUGAGUUCCUGGAGUUCCCAGCUUUUAUUCAGUUUUUCUUUGCCACGCAUAUGCAUCUGCUGGCAAUUGGUGCUGAAUGA